UGCAACAUGCUUGAAACGAUCCCUCCCAAGGCCUUCCAAGCCUUUGCUGCCCAGGAAACCGAUUUAGUUUUACAUGAUAAUCCUUGGCAGUGCAAUUGCAACAUGUACGAGCUGAAACGGUCUGCUCCCGCUUCACUGGCACAGAGAAUCAGAUGUCACACUGGGCCUCUUGCUGGUCACUACCUGUCAACAGUCAACCAGGAGCAGCUGACAUGCAAAGAGUCCCUCCGAGUUGCACACGUUGUCACGGUGACAGUCCCAGCUGGAAGGGGGUUAAAACUUGCAUGUGAGACAAAGAAUAAAAAAGGACACGUACUUUACUGGCAGACUCCACUUAGGAAACACAAAACCACGACAAUUUACAGCAGUGAAGACCAUACCUUUGUGUUGAGUGAUGGGAGUUUAAAGAUUGUCAGGCUCUCCGCUCACCUCUCUGGAAUAUAUUACUGUGUCUUUGGCUAUGAAGAAGGACAAAUGAUAACCCUUUAUAAGGUCAAUUUAAUGGAUCACGGUAUUCUAGAAAGGGGGCGAUUAAGGGAAAAAAGGGAGUAUGAGCAAUAUGUAGAGUUAGUGUCGGAGGAGCACUUUGCCUCUGCUAUUGCUGCUUCUGUCAUCGUUACUUUCUUAGGUGCUGUCAUUCUUGGUGCCAUCAGUAGUCCGUUCUUCAUUGAGUGCUGCAGGAAAAUAAAGCACCGCAGAAAUGCGACAAAAGCCAAACUAGGUCUUGAAUUGAAAACAGAGCCAAGGCAUUAUGAAAACAUGGUAUUUGCAAUUAAUGAAGACCCAAAAGAAGAAACACCAAUCUAUGACAUUCCCAAAGGAUCAGAGUCUAUAGCACAGGAUUCCAGUAGUGGCCAGGAAUGUACCUAUGCAAAACCCAGCAAUGCUCAUAAAACAAUUUCCCUUGAGGUUCCUGAACCAGACAAAGAAUAUGAUGUUUCACCACCGCGACCAGCACCCAGACUGAAGUUCCCACCUCGUAAAGGAGAUGGACAAUCACAAAACACAGAGAUAUCAGAGGGCGCACACAAUGAAUCAGCUCAAAGUCUACAUGGUCAAGUAGACGCACCAAGGUAUGCACAUGGAACCAGUCACUCUGAUGCAGAACACUGUCUCAACAGCAACCUCUCAACAGAUAACAUUACAAGUGCAUUACCAGCAAUAGGAGAAAACAGUGAAGCAGACUACAUCAUUUUCCCUGUUUGCGAUUAUACAAAAGUGGCUCCUGUCCAACACUCUGCCGAUAUUAUUCUUUCUGAAAAACUGUUUAGCCACAGUGCAAUCAUUCCAAACUCCCCACAGACAUUUGAGUCCAAUACAUCAUGUGCAGCAUUUCCUGAAGAGCCAGGAACAAAUGCUGAAAAUAGUGCCGGUCUUCACAAUAAAAAGAAAGGGCUGGAUUUAGACAAACCUCUUUGUUCAGAGGAAGAAAACAUGAAAGCUAAACAAGACUUUCUCAAAAUAGAAAUGCAUGAAGGAAGUUCUGAUGUAAUUACUGAAGAGGAAAAGCCUGAUUAUGGAAUGUGUCCCAAAGCCAACCUUGAUAAAACAGCUAAAAGAAGUGAAAAUCCAGAAGCACAUGGAGAGAGCAGUCACAAUGAAGAGAAACCGGUUGACCUAAACCAGAGAGAUCAGAACUCAGGCAUGAAUAAAGACAACCAGGAAGGUCCUUCGUCCAGUGAGGAGUCAGGAGAUCUGUCUCAACACCAGCCCAAGGCAGCCAAGCGAAGGGUUAUCAAGCUGUACAACUAUGAUGAAGAAGGAAAGCUGUACGAUCACAUUAAAAGUUCAGAAGAGUUUGAGUCCGAGAGCGAGCAGAGAAUGAAACGGAGGUCAUUGUCCCUGACUCGGCUGAAUGCAAUUAUGAGCGUAGCAUUUGCAGAUGACUUCAAUUCAGAAUUAAACAAGAAUCAGAAACAGUCAAACAUUGAUGGAAAUGGCAUGUUUAAUAUAAAAAAAUAAGGAUGCACUUGGCUUUCAGAUUAGACUUCACUUUUAACCCUUAUCCAGGCAAGUCAAUCGGCCACAUUAGAAGAUCAGGUCAUGAGUCAAAAAAAAGCAAUUACGGAAUUUUUUUUGUAGAAAAUGCAUUUGCAAAUUCAGAAAAGAUUAAACAGUCCAGUAGACCAGAAUUGCCCAGAUAAUGGUUUAAAGCAGCACUGAUAUGCUGUAUAAUAAUUGUGCAAUUGAUGGCUGGCCAGUAGGUGGAUAUGAAAGUAGAAAUAACACUGAAAUCAAACUUAAGCAAAUGAAAACACUUUAAAAGGAGAAAUUAUUAUAGACACACUAUAUAUAUAUUUUUUCUUUACACUCCUGUGAUAUUGAAAUGAACAUACCUCUUGUUAACAAUACAAUUCAUUUUUAAGACUUCUCAGGGAUGAUCAAGUUAAGCCAAUUACUUAACACUUGUAAAUGUAAUACUGUAUAAAACCUUUGUCAAGUAAAUAAAUUAAAUUUGACCUUUGUGGUACAAACUGCA